UCAUGCACACACCCACACGCCCGCACGCCGGGUCUGCCCCCUCGGCCACCGUGAACACCCGUGGAGCCUGCCUAAUCCUCCCAAAGUAUCCACUUGGCACCAGAUAUUAAAAUGUCUGAUGAUGCCAGUGACACCGUAGCCACUACAGACAGAGAAGAAAUUACGAAGAUUUCCAGUAGUGAUUCUUUACCUGAGGAUGUGGAAGUGCACAGUGACUCAGCUACAGUCUCAAACAAGCUGGCACCAGGGGAGCCCAGAGGAGACGUGCGUGAGGAUGCAGCUGAUCAGGUCGCAGAGACUGCUGCUGCUGGGCACCCACAACAGCCCAAAGAUGCAGAUACCACGGAGACCUCCCUUAAUGGAGAAGUGACCGAGGACACACUAGCAGAAUGUGUCGAUUCUGUCAGCCUCGAGGGAGAACCUGGGUCUGAAAUACCCCUGAAAGAACAGAAUGAUCCGGCUGUGGAUUCCCCUCCUCAGGGAAGAGGAUGGGCAGGCUGGGGCUCCUGGGGCAAGUCUCUGCUCUCAUCCGCGUCUGCCACAGUAGGUCACGGCUUGACCGCAGUCAAAGAAAAAGCAGGGGCCACCCUUCGGAUUCACAGUGUCAAUUCUGGAUCUUCCGAAGGGGUCCAACCUGAGACCGAAAAUGGAGUCCCUGCAGUUGCAGACGUGGCCGCAGAUCAGGACCCUGCAGGUAGCCCCCCAGCGUCCCCGGCGUCAGGUUCUCGGGGCAUGCUGUCAGCCCUCACCAACGCGGUUCAAAGCACUGGCAAAAGUGUCUUAACUGGAGGUCUCGAUGCUUUGGAAUUCAUUGGCAAGAAAACCAUGAAUGUCCUUGCAGAAAGUGACCCAGGAUUCAAGCGGACCAAGACACUCAUGGAGAGAACUGUUUCCUUGUCCCAGAUGUUAAGGGAAGCCAAGGAGAAGGAGAAGCAGAGACUGGCGCAGCAGCUCACGGUGGAGAGAACCGCACACUAUGGGAUGCUCUUUGAUGAGUAUCAAGGUCUGUCACACCUGGAAGCCCUGGAAAUUCUGUCCAAUGAAAGUGAAAGCAAGGUUCAGUCAUUUUUAGUAUCACUGGAUGGAGAGAAGCUGGAACUCUUAAAAAAUGACCUGAUUUCCAUUAAAGACAUCUUUGCAGCCAAAGAAUUAGAGAGUGAAGAGAAUCAAGAAGAACAAGGCUUAGAAGAAAAGGGAGAAGAAUUUGCUAGCAUGCUUACAGAGCUUCUCUUUGAAUUACAUGUCGCCGCCACUCCUGACAAACUCAAUAAGGCCAUGAAGAAAGCUCACGACUGGGUGGAAGAGGACCAAACCACGGUGUCAGUGGAUGUGGCCAAAGAGUCAGAGGAGGAAACUAAAAAGGAAGAAAAAGAAGAGAAAGCUGAAGACCCUCAAGAAAGCAAAAAGGAAGAAAAAGGAACUAAGACUGUAGAGGAAGUGUACAUGUUGUCCAUUGAAAGUCUGGCAGAAGUCACUGCGCGCUGUAUCGAGCAGCUUCACAAAGUGGCAGAAUUAAUUCUUCACGGACAAGAAGAGGAGAAACCAGCUCAGGACCAAGCAAAAGUGCUGAUAAAGUUAACUACAGCAAUGUGCAAUGAAGUGGCUUCCUUAUCCAAGAAGUUUACGAAGUUUUUAACAACUGUUGGGAGCAAGAAGAAGGCUGAGGUUCUUAACCCCAUGAUCAAUAGCGUGUUGUUAGAGGGCUGCAACAGCACAACCUACAUUCAGGAUGCCUUCCAGCUGCUGCUGCCUGUCCUGCAGGUGUCACAUAUCCAGACCAAUUGCCAGACUCCAGCCAGUUAAAGGAAAGGGCAGGUCCCACGGCUUCAUUGAGCACCAUGCAAGGGGAUGUUUUCAACACAACCGGCCACACACACCCAUUUUUGAGGACACUACAAAGCAAUUUUGCACAGACAGUAUUGAGAAUGCAAGUUUAAAGAGAGUUGUCAUUUCUCUUAAUGUAGAGGGUCGUUUUUACAAAUAAUUGUGUUUUCUUUAUGUUAAUUUAAAGUUUCACAGCUCAUAAUGAAGUUUUCCCUUAUGAAAUUCAUUCACGAGUAUUCAUUCAUGUCCAUCCUCCUAGUCAAGCAUGCUGAAUUUAGUUAGAAAUUCAGAAGCAGACCCUGGCUUUCUUUUAAUCGUUCAAAUUUCUACCUUUAAAUGUCACAUUCUUAUAAGCAUUACUUUAAAUCAAUUCUUGUACUGAACUUUGUCUUAUUCCAUAAAUGUCAUGGGCAAAAAUAACACUACUUACAGAUUUUACCCAGUAUGACAAAAAAGAAACCUAAAUAUCUCUUUAUCACCAUUCAUUCUUGCAACAAUCAUUUAUUGAGCACAUACUGUGUUCAGAAUAAAAGAACAUUAACUCACCACCAUAGAGACAAAUAUUUCAGAUAGAGGGUUUACAAUAAUUCUUAAAAUACUUGAAAACACUAAAACUUUUUCUAAUCCUCAAAACAUUUGAAGAACAAGGUAAAUUUAUAGUGUUUUCAAUAGUCUGUCAGUUUAUCUUCCUACCUUCCUUAAACUUAUUUUUAUCCCAACUUUAUAUAUGGGGUGAAAAUAUGUAUGAAAAGGAGUAUUAAAGAAUAGUUUAACUGUGUGUGUGUGUGUGUGUGUGUGUGUGUGUGUGUGUGUGUGUGAGAGAGAGAGAGAGAGAGAAGGGAGACCCUAGGGAUUGAACCCAGGGGUACUCUACCACUGAUCUACUGCCCCAGCCCUUUUUAUUUGAGACCAAGUUAAAGUUGCCCAGGCUAGCCUCAAACUUGUGAUCCUCCUGCCUCAGCUUCCCAAGUAGCGGGGAUUACAGGUGAGCACUACCACACCUGGCAAGAGUGCUUCAAAAUUGACUUCAUAUAAUCAUAAGCCCCUGGUGGCAUAAUUGCAAAGCUUACAAGUGUUCAAAUAGAAAAAUGAAAGGGGUUUUAACACAGUAGAAUCCCAUCACUGCAUUUUAAAAAUCUACCAUACUGAUCACACUCACCAGUGGCAAAGGACAGAGAAAGCCCAUAUGUGGGUCGAUUGCUCUAUUGAUCCCUGGGGGACUUCACUGAAGACCUUGCAGCUAGGAGGAGCAUCAACAAUGGGCACUUCUCCUGAGCAUCUCGAAUGCGUUGCAGGGGGGGAUUCUGUGUGAUGCACCUAUUUCAGAACCCCAAUGACACUCCUACCAGCAGUGGCAAAAGAAGGUCCUGCCCGGUGGCUCUCUCCAAGGCAAAUGAAACUUGUGGCUUUGCAAGGGUUAAAAAUUCCUUAUUCAUGUUUAUUUUUAUUCCCCAGAUAGUCAACUGCCUUUGUUCCCAACAGAUCAAACAGAGAUUUUUUAAUGUCAUCCUACUUCUCAUUAGCAUUUCAUUUGUCUCUGUCCUGUAUUUCGUUUGUAUAUCUCCUGAAACAGCCAAAUAGAAAACAUAAUUUGCAACCUUGAAAAAUAAAAUUCUCUGAGGAAUCAAUUAAAGAAAUUUUUUGUCCUUUUC